AUGAUGAAAGCUGCCCAAAAAGUUUCACCGCUGAUCCUUGUGGUCACACUACUGCUUUUGGGCCUUGCUGCUAGCAGUGUAGAUGGCAGAGGAACAGCAAUAGGAGAGAUGGUUCAUACAUUUUUGCUGCCCAAGAAUAUACACACGCCACCAUCUACACCAUCUUCUAAAAUAAAUCCUCCUCACGUGCCUUCCGAUCUGCAUCUCACACGUUCUACACGUAUCUAUUCAAUGUUGCCCAACAGUAUACCCUUGCCACCAUCUACACCAUCUCCUAGAAUAAAUCCUCCUCCCAUGCCUUCUAACCCGCAUCUCACACGCUCUAUACUUAUCUAUCCAAUGUUUCCCAAAAGUAUACCCUCACCACCAUUUCGACCAUCUCGUAAGAUAAAUUCUCCUCCUGUUCAAUCCAAUCCACAUCUCAAACGCUCUACACUUCUUGAUCCAAUGUUACCCAAAAAUAUACCCUCGCCACCAUCUGGACCAUCUCAUAACAUACACCCUCCUCUUGUGCCAUCCAACUCACAUCUCAUACGUUCUACACUUAUAUAUCCAAUGUUGCCCAAGAAUAUACCCAUACCACCAUCUGGACCAUCUUCCAAGACAUCUGACCCACCACCAUCACCACCCAUGCACAUCCGCUGGAACUUUGGUGGCCCAUCAACUAGUUUUGGUCCUCCAACUUGGUGA